UAGUUGUUUGUAACUGCAAAAGCCCUUUUUAAAUGUACUGCAAUCCUGACGCUAACGGCUGAGCUCAUCGGUUUGCAGCUAGCCUGGGUCCAAUAACAAGCUCAUAGCCGUCCCUUUUUAUCAAAUCUUAAACAUAUAUAUAGAGGUAUAGAUACAUGGCCAAACUGCCCAUUAUUGCCGCUCUAUACACCAAACACCUCUUCAAUUUCACUCCACAUAUCCCCUACUGUUUCAAAUCUUCUCCUUUUUCCAUUUCCACACCUUUUUCAGCAGCAGCAGCAGCCAUGUCUCGGCCACACCCAUCUCUUGACGUCAGCGGCGGAGCCAUGGAUUCAUUUCUUCCGGCUUUCACCACUCUCGACCGUCCCUACGAUGCGUAUCCUGUGGUCUGUACCAACACACAUAUCGAAACUAUAUUUGCGUAUUUUUUUAGAACAACUCCAGAUGUGAGGUUUCGACGUGAGUGUCUCAGGACCAAAGAUAAUGGGACUGUUUCCCUGGAUUGGGUCGCCGGUGAUGAUCGUAGUUUGUCUCCAAAUUCUCCUACCCUCAUUUUGCUGCCGGGGUUAACAGGUGGAAGCGGGGAUUCAUAUGUAAGGCAUAUGCUGUUGAAAGCAAGAAGUAAAGGGUGGCGCGUUGUGGUUUUUAACAGUCGUGGUUGUGGUCAUGGCCCUGUCACCACCCCUCAGUUUUAUUCAGCAUCGUUUUUGGGGGAUAUCGGUGAAGUAGUAGCACAUGUUUCCUCUCGAUACCCAGAUUCAAAUUUAUAUGCUGUUGGUUGGUCUCUAGGAGCAAACAUUCUUGUUCGGUAUUUGGCGCAGGAAUCUGGUAGCUGUCCCCUUUCUGGUGCCGUUUCCUUGUGUAAUCCUUUUGAUUUGGUCGUCGCAGAUGAAGACUUUCAGAAGGGCUUUAACAUAGUUUAUAACAAAGCUCUUUCAGGUUCACUGCGCAGAAUUUUCAAAAAGCAUGCUCUUCUAUUUGAAGAAAUGAGUGAUGAUUAUAAUAUUCCAGCAGCUGCCAAUUGCAAAACCAUUAGGGAAUUCGAUGACGCAUUGACACGAGUUUCUUUUGGUUUUAAGUCAGUGGAUGAAUACUACUCUAAGUCAAGCAGCUCAGAUUCUAUUCCGCAUGUAUGCCGGCCUUUACUUUGCAUCCAGGCUGCAAAUGAUCCCAUUGCGCCUGCUAGAGGAAUUCCCCGUGAAGCCAUUAAAGAGAAUACAAAUUGUAUGUUGAUAGUUACCCCUGAAGGUGGACACUUAGGCUGGAUUGCAGGGGAUGAAGCUCCCUUUGGGGCUCCUUGGACUGAUCCUGUCGUUAUGGAUUUUUUGGAAUAUCUAGAAAAAACAAAAUCAAACUCUGUUUCAAAAACAGAGGAAAAUACCAACACAUUACAUGCAACUGUAAAGUAAAGAUGGCAUCUUUAUAAAGAAACACAACUUGAACCUGUGACAUUGAUAGCACUAUCUUUAUCAA